CACCAAUUAUUUGAUUUCAAUUAGUUGGCAACACUUUUGCAGUAUUUGUGAGCAUAUGUUCGUUUCUGAUCGGAUCAGCUGUUUUCACAAUUUCGUUUGGAAUAAAUUUGUUAAUAUUUGAUAAUACUUCAACUUAGAUUUGUCUAAAUAUAUCUAAUUUUGAAACAAUGAGUGUUGUAAAAUAUAUUGGGCGUACAACCGAUUUUCGUGGUAAGACUCUUUGGGAGCUAGUUGGAAAUCUUCGAGACUUUGGUGUCGGCCGGUUGUUAAUACGUAACAAGUUCCAGCGGUAUGAAGAACCGUGCUACAUGCGUAUACUAAAAGUGGAGGUUACCCCACAUGAUCCUGCCAAAGAUCCGAUUCGUAAAGUGGCUGUAACAGUAGAAAAGACAUGGCGUGGUGUAGUUAGCCCAAAACCAGUCACUAUCUACAGUACCAGCUAUAAACCGGAUUAUGAAUUAGUUCCUAAAGAAGAAGAGCAAAAAUAUCUUAACAACAACAAGAAAGUGUCUGGGCAGAUAUUAGCAAACUCUAUUGAUUUUCCGCCAUUGCUGAGGGAAUUUAUUCGUCAAGAAACCGGUGUUCAAGAACCAACAAUGAAAGUUCAUCACAAACAAACACACAACAAAUUAGUGCGAUUAGCUAAGGAUGGUGAAAAACCGACUAUCGAGUGCACAAUGGGUUUAGGAAGACCAGCAAGUCCUAAGCUGUACGAAAAUGUCUUAUAAAAUGUUUUUAAUAAUUAUAUUUUAUUUUCAAAAUC